GUGGCGAAAGCAUGUUAGAUCAGUCAUUCAGCUGUAUGGUGUGUUUGAUACACAAUCCAAACCCGAUGCCGGUGGCAAAGCUUAUUCUUAACCACUUUGAAGAUGAAGACGACGGGAGGACGUCAAGGGGUGACUUUACUUCUGUGGCUGUUAAUAACAAGGCGUGCGAAGACUGACGGCAAACUGGACAUUCGAUUCAUCAGUUACUGGUCGGAUGGCAAGGAAAUCAGUGGGAAGUGUUGUGACAAUCAUCUACGCGUGUGGUGUAAUGACAAGUGCGACCCUAAGUUUACCAUUUGCAUUGAUGGCCCUGACGGAAGAAAGCCUUGCUCUGUUUACAAGAACGCCACAAGCUACAUAGACAACCACAACAUAAUCCACUUUGGAAGUAACAUUCAAGGAACACCAAAUCCUUUCAUCAUACAUGCACCCACAGCAGUACCGUCCUCGAUAGAAAUAACGGUAGAAGUGUAUGACAGCGAUGACAUCUCCAGUGAUGACCACAUGGACACACUCUCUAAGCUGAUCAACAUCCAAGCCGCUGCUACACAACAGGAAGCUGUGUACACCCCAUACACUGUGUGGGGAAGGACGAAGUUAAAGAUUGAGGUUCGUGCCUACUGCGACCCGGACUGGUACGGAUCUACGUGCGAGAAAUAUUGCAAGGCCACACCUGACCACAAUCACUACACUUGCCACCCACAUACAGGAGCUAAAAUGUGUUUUGAAGGGUGGAAGGGAGAUAACUGCGACCAGGAUAUCGACGAAUGUACAGAAAUUCACAACUUGUGUCAGCGUGGGGGAAGUUGUACUAAUACACUCGGAAGUUUUGUGUGCAGUUGUAUGGAGGGGAUCACUGGAAGGCUAUGUGAAAACAUCAUCAACCAGUGUGCACUGGCACCAUGCUUGAACGGAGGGACAUGUGACGGAAACGAAACAGCCUUCAACUGCACAUGCUCUGAAGAGUGGACUGGAGGGACCUGCGCAGAGAAGGUGAAUUUCUGUGACAGCGCCCCCUGUAACAGAGGGAACUGUACACCAGACUUCCUGACGGCAACUCGGUUCAAGUGUAACUGUGAGUUUGCGUGGGUAGGAGAAAGAUGCAGUCAUGCCGUAGAUAUAUUAAACAUCACGCUCCUGGGUGAGAUUGAUCAUACAAAUAGAGGUGACCUGGCUGAUGGCUUGGACAGACUCAUCACCGAACUCGGGGGAAUUCCAGGAAAGGUGGAUGUCAAGUUUACAACAAACGCACAGAAAGAAAGCAAUUAUACUACAACGUACAUACAACUCUAUUUUGCUGUGGAGAACGGCUCCUUUCUGGAGAGUGAUUCAUUAGAUAGAAUCUUCGAAUCCAACCCUGACGAAGUCAUCAGUGAAUAUCUGCCUCUUCCAUUGUACCCACGUCAACAAGAAGAGAAGGCGAAGAUCACGGUGUUCCAAACGAUGGCAACAGAGAGAUCGCGUAACAGUUGGGACAAGGGCCAUUACGUGAAGACCAUUGGAACUCCUUUAGGAUUUGCCCUUAUGACUGUACUACUUUGGGUGGCUUUAUGGAUCUGGAGAAGAAGAUCACACAACUCGGACCAAUUCUUGGAAGACGAUCAAAUCAGUCUUUUUGUAAUGGAUGUCGCAUGCAACAGGAGCCUAAACAGACCAGGUAACGUCACAGGCACACGUCAGGAUGCAAGCGUAUCUCCAAGUGGCUACACAAGUCUUCACUUCCAUGACCAUGAAAGAUCACUCGACACAGACUGUGAUGACACAUUACACAUCCACAUAGCAACUGAAGAUAUGAUAUUCGAUCCAGUGCUUCUAGAUGACAACAAUCUUCACGAUGACGAGGCAAAACUAAAUACCCGCCUCCACGUUGCCUCAUACAUCCAUCCAGUCCCUGCAGAUAUUACCCUUGACCCGGCGAGUCUAGAGGAUGAGGAAGAUGAAGCAGAGUACACUGUCAUCGAUGACAACGAUGUUGAGGACCCCUUACAGGAAAACCCUUAUGAAACGAUAGAAUUUUUCGAUGACAACGAUGUUGAGAACAUCUCACAGACAAACCCUUAUGAAAAGAUAAAUUUUUACCAAGACGGAAGAAAGCCACGCUCUCUUUAUAAGACCACAACGUACCACACAGAAAACCAUAACAUAAUCCACUUUGGAAGCACCAUUCGAGGAACACCAAAUCCCUUCAUCAUACAAGUGCCCAAAGGACUACCGUCUUCCAUAGAAAUAAUGGUGCAAGUGGAUGACUACGAUGACACCUCCGGUGAUGACCACAUGGACACACUCUCUAAGCUGAUCAACAUCCACGCUGCUCAUACAGAACAGGCAGCUAUGUACACCCCAUACACAUUAUCGAGAAGGACAGUGUUAAAGAUUGCAGUCCGAGCCUACUGUGACCCGGACUGGUACGGGUCUUCGUGUGAGAGACAUUGCAAGGCCACUCCUGACCACAGUCACUACACGUGCCACCCCUACACAGGAGCUAAAAUGUGCUUUGAAGGUAUGAUCACAAAGUUGGAGGUUGGAAGGGAGACAACUGCAACCAGGACAUCGAUGAAUGCACAGAAACUGACCAAAUUUGUCAACAUGGGGGGCAAUUGUACAAAUGCACUUGGUAGUUUCGAGUGCAUUUGUGUGGAAGGGGUCAACGGAACGCAAUGUGAAAACAUCAUCAACCAAUGUGCACUGGAGCCAUGUUUGAACGGAGGGACAUGUGACGGAAACGAAACAGACUUCAGCUGCGCAUGCCCAGUUGAGUGGACUGGAGAGGCAUGCGCAGAUAAAGUUAACUUCUGUGACAGUUCCCCUUGUAACAUGGGCCAUUGUACACCAGAUCUCUUGACGGCACCUCGGUUCAAGUGUGACUGUGAUUUUGCGUGGGUAGGAGAAAGAUGCAACCAAAGUGUUGAUAUUGUCAACAUCACGCUCCUGGGUGAGAUCGGUCAUACAAAUAGAGGUGACCUGGCUGAUGGCUUGAACAGAUUCAUCACCGAACUCGGGGGAAUUCCAGGAACAGUGGAUGUCAAGUUUACAACAAAUACAAAGAAAGAAAGCAAUUAUACUACAACGUACGUGCAACUCUAUUUUGCUGGGGAGAAUGGCUCCUUUUUACAGACUGAUUCAUUAGCUAGAAUCUUCGAAUCCAACCCUGAUGAAAUCAUCAAUGAAUAUCUGCCUCUUCCGUUGUACCCUCCCCGAGAAGAAGAGAAGGCAACCCUGAAGAGUCCACAUGACAGCUGGGACACAAACCAAUAUGUGUCGGCCAUUCUACCUCCUGUAGGACUUGUCCUGAUGUCUGUACUGCUUCUUGUGGCUUUCUGCAUCUGGAGAAGAAGAUUGAACAAGAUGGAACAAUAUAGAGACGAAAAUUAUCUCAGCUCAUUUGUGAUGGAUGUACCAUGCAAUAGAAACCUCCAAGCAACUGGUGCAGUUACUGAAAAUCUCCAGGCUGGUUACACAAGUCUUCGCUUCCUCGAGGUAGAUGAAGGAUCACACGACACACACUGUGAUGACACUUCAAACAUCCACUUACCACCCGAAGAUAUGACCCUUGACCCAGAGAGUCUCCAGGGUUUCAGCGGUUAUCCAGAUGACAAUGGACGUCUUGGCGACGUAGCAACAGUUGACACACUCUCUGAUGUCACAUCAAACAUUCACCUAGCAACUGAAGAUAUGACUCUUGAUGAUGUGAUUGCACAAUUCGGCGUUUCUCCAGUUGACAACGCGCGUCUUGGGGAUGCAGCAGCAUUCGACACAAACUGUGACGACACAACAAAGCUCCCCCUAUCAUCUGAAGAUAUGACUCAUGACCAGGUGAGUCUACAUGGUUUUGGCGUUUCUCCAGAUGACAAGGCAAGUCUUCCUGACAUGGCAACACUCCAACAAGUCUCUGAAGAUCUCAUCCUUGAUCCAGUAAUUGAACAGGAUGCAAGAGGUUCUCCGCAUGACAACGCACGUCAUGGUGACGAAGUAGCACUCCAUGACGGACAUGUAGAAACACUCGACACACACUGUGAUGAGACAGUGAACGCCCUCCCAACAAGGCGGAUAUCCAGAUGGUCACGCACGUCUUGA